AUGCCACGCCACCACACGUUGCCUGUGGGCUUUCGCGGGUCACGGCACUCCGACAGUUGGACGGUGGGAUUCUGCAGCAACGAGCGCGACCGCUUACACCACGACGUUGGUGCCACAGAGGAAGUUGGCACUGUGUGUCAGAGGCCUGAGCAACCGCCCAAUCGAAAGCCGUUGUGGCGCAACCAAGCAGGACACCGUCGGUGCCGCUCGAGUAACAGCUACAGCCCCGGUUGUCAUCCCGUUUCCUCCACUGGUGUCCAACUGUUUUCAACUUUCUUCACAACACCACGGGAGGCGUUAAGGGUUCUGGAGCAAUACGUUCCCUCACAACAGCCACAACAGCGCCGCAAGCGCACAAUCAGGGGGCAGCGCCCGGUUUUUGCAGGGACCACCAAGCAGUUGAAAUGUGACGAUCCCCGCGUUUGGAGAACUAGCGAGGAUACAGAAGCGCAGCGAUUGGAGGGGGAGUUGGUACAAUUACUGAACACGGCGCGCUUACUCUGCUCCUCACUGCGACAAACCACUGCUGCGGUCACUAGUGUCCGAGCGGGUGUACAUGUUCUUGUGAGGCAGAGUCGGAGUCUUACCCUUUGGAUUUCGCCACUAUCAUUCCUCGCAGCUACUCGCGAAUUUUAG